CUCAGAAAAGACACAAGAAAGAAAACUGGAUUCCACAUGACUUUCCUGAGUACAAAAUAUCAGCUGCGGUGAAAUUGGCCUAUCGAGUUGUCCUGCGUUUAUCGAGGUGCUUAGAAGAAGUGGUCGCAGAAGAUAAGGGGGGAACUCCAAGGAUCCCGUCUAUGGGGUCAAGUUUAAAUUCGUGAUGGAAUUGGAAAUAGGUCUGUCGAAUCAGUUGAGAACGUGGUUUAGGCGACGGUCCACAUCCUUGAGCGUUGGAUUAUCAACUACAGCAGGAAUCAUGUAUCUUUGGGAUGCUGGGUACAAAUACGUGGCCACUUCAUGUGGCGCUAUAGCUCUUGGAAGUGUCUGCUGGUAUUGGAUCAAGAAUAUUAAAGAUAAAAUAAAAGCAAAUCAGGCAGUAAUUAUUACCGGAUGUGAUUCUGGUCUAGGAUACAGUUUAGCGCUCCAUUGUCACUCGUUGGGUGCUACUGUAAUUGCCGGCGUCCUUCGGAAAGAUAGCGUUGGUGCUAAGGAUUUAAUUAGAAAUGGAAUAAAAGUUUCGCCGCUCGAUAUCACAAAUGUAGAGAGUGUCAAGAACUUUGAAACAUUCGUUGGUGAGCUGUUGAAGCAGAAAAACUUAACUUUACGUGCAUUGGUGAACAACGCCGGAGUGAUGAUUUUUGGGGAAUUCGAGUGGCAAACGGAGGAUCAAACUAGACGACAGAUAGAAGUAAAUCUACUGGGAACAAUGAGAAUUACAAAGCAAUUGUUGCCGCUGAUACGCGCUCAUCUCAGUAGAAUUAUAAUAGUUUCUAGUCAUUGUGCAGAAGCGCCAAUACCUGGAGUCGCUGCGUACGGAGCAACCAAAGCUGGAGUUUCGGCUUGGGCAACAGCGCUCAGAGUGGAAUUAAAAAAAUAUGGAGUCGAUGUUGUUUGCUUUGUUCCUGGAUCUUUUGCAAAAGAGAGCAAUAUACUCAGCCAGCAGGUGAAACAUUUUGAAGAGAUGCACAACGCGAUGACCGAAGAGGCCAAAUUAUUUUAUGGGAAUUACUUUACUAAAUACGAGCAAUAUUUGUCUUACUUUGCUCGAGCAUGCAAACCGUGUAAACUUGAAAAUCCAUUCGUUUAUAACAGUUUUGAAGGAGCUCUUCUGGGCAAAUAUCCUUCAGCAACAUACAAGUGCGAGCCCUACCGAUAUAAAAUUUAUCACACACUAUUCAAAAUAGUGCCAACUUCGAUUAGAGAUCGAUUGGUUUUAAGAUUCAUACAAAUGCCUACGUGGGAGAAAACGGAUCGAAUAAGAAAUGUCAGAUUGGCGCAAUCUUCUACUGAUAAGUCAGAAAUCAAUUGUGUCCACAUAGAAACUCGACAUUUGGAUACAAGGAAAGCAACAGCGGCGGAGGCGAACUCGCGCUCGAACGAUAAUCGGUUUUCAGAAAAUGAAAAUGCGAAAUUUACGAAAAAGACUCAAGAGUCUACUCCUUCCCAGAAGAGAAACGUUUGGCGGGUCAAGAAGGAGAAAACUCUGCGGUGAUGGAACUACGCAAGACGAAAUUUGAAUUGUAAGAGAGAAAUUCAAAAGAGUCCAUUGGCUAAGAGUACCUUUAUAAUUGAUACUUAUUUUUAGUGAAACAAACAAAGGGAUAGCGUAGUUUUAACUUUAUGAGAAUCUACUCGCAUAUAACAGAUUUUAUACAGUUUUAUAUCGUUGUACUUUUAUGUACUGAUAUGUAGUCUACUUUCCAUAGAUAAAUGAAAAUUUUUACGUA